AUGUCCUCCGGAAAGCUUUCAAGGCACCGCUCGGUGUCUAUGAGCUCUGGGCACUCUUCGAAAGGCAGGAUGGCAACACUGGCGGAGAUAAGUCAGAGCAUGCCUGCGGAGUAUACUCGGGAAUUCGAGCCAUGCGCAGCUACAGCGUCAAUGUUUCUCUAUGCGCAGGGAAACUCGGUCGUUUGUGCCCACCACGAUACGCUUACCAUUGAGCGCCGCUUUUCGAGACAUACCGAAGAGAUUUCGAUAUUAGCUGUGGAUACAGUCAGUGACAGAGGCGCGGGGAGAUUGGUAGUGAGUUAUGAUGUUGGGCAGACGGCCAUUGUCUGGGAUUGUAUGACUGGGGACGAAAUUGCUAGAUUUGCAUCUUAUGAGAAUCUUACUGUGGCAGCUUGGAUGCGGAAUGGGAAUGUAGCUUUUGGGAAUUCCCAGGGAAAUGUGAUCCUGUUUGAGCCUUCAACCUCUGAGCAUAUUUCAGCGAGGACGAUAGAUCAAAUUCCAAUCACAGCACUAGCCCCGGCUGCGGAUUGCAGAACUUAUGCUAUUGGAUUUUCUAAUGGAUCUCUUCUGAUUGCGGCUUUACAGCCAAGGUUUACAAUUCUCCAUAACCUAAGUACCUCAAGAGGGCCGUCUCCAAUUGUCACAUUGGCAUGGCAUGCUUCUUCCUCACGCCAGAAAUCAGAUAUGUUGGCAACCCAAACGCAUGAUGGCGACCUCCGUGUUUGGAGUAUUGCCAAAUCCCCUACUAGCACGGAUACUGCAAAGGUGGUAAGGGUCCUGAAACGGACGGAGAACUUUCAGCCAGGGCCAAACUGGCUAGCAUGGUCCAAGAAUGGACGCAUUAUCCAAUUUUCUGAAGGAGAAACUUCCUCGUGGGAUGUGCGAACUAAGCAUGUUACGUACGAUCCCGUGGCGACUCUUGAGCACGUCAGAGGCCUAGCCGUGUACGGCCCAGGUGCUACCCUUUUUACAUUAGGCCCCAACAACACGGCCCAACAGUUCGACCUCAAUAUUCCAGCUCAGUUGGUGGCGAAUGUCCAACAUCCAGCCAAUCUCCUCCCCCCUUCGCCCCCUGUUUCUAUUGAAGAGCAGAAGAAACAGAACUCGUCAUCGUCUGCAGCAACUGGACCAGUAUCGGCUGUACCGAUCAAUAUCGACAUUUCCGAGAGUGAUGAGGACCACAUGUCCCCAUUGGCAAGGAUAGCUCGAGAAAUGGACAAAAUAGAGCAAGGGCGGCAAAUACCUGAUCGUGAAGAUACGCUCAGCCCCGUGUCCUCCAGGAGUCGAGCCUCGACAACUUCUAGAUCCUCCGCUGGGUCCCGAGUGCCCCGCCAAACCCGCAAACACGCCUCAGUUGCAUCACGUGGCAUCAGUGAGUCUGCUACGACAAUGUCGUUGGGGUCCUCGUUGCAUUCAACAAGAGAGCCUUCAGUAGUCUCCAGUCGUGAUAGCUUGUCGAUGAGCAGUAUCGGCUCUUCUCAUGCUUCACGUCGGUCAAAGCCAAGGGGCUCUCGACUACGACAGGAAGUACUUCAAAGCCCAGAGGAAGCGAAGUUGGUAGAUUUAUUCAAGUUCACCAAAUCUAGAUUGAGCGAUAUCCCUUAUAGCCAUCCCCAAGUCUUGGACAAUACACAUCUAACAAAUAAUGAUCUCCGACGGCAGAUGCUCAGCACUAUUUUCGGCUGGCCUGGCGAAGCGGAUGCGUUAAUUGAAGACGAGAUGAGUCGACACCCCGCAGGAUCUCCGAACCGUCUCCUGCUUGCCAAGUGGCUGGGUGAUAUAGACACUGAUAUUAUGGCCACGAGCUCAGAAUCGAUGACUUCCUCGGACUGGAUGCUCCUUGCGUUGAGCGGAAUUGGCGGUACCGCUUCACAAGCGAAAGUUGCACGCGCAUAUGUUCAACGUCUGCUUGAGAAAGGUGAUGUACACACCGCUGCAACCAUCUUGAUCGGGAUGGGAGAUCAAAACGAUGCUAUUGAAAUUUAUGUCUCGCAUAAGAAGUAUAUGGAGGCACUGGUUUUGACAUGCCUGGUGUUCCCUUCUGAUUGGCAAAGACAAGCAGAGCUGGUUCGGAAAUGGGGCGAAUGGGCCGUUCAACACAGCCAGCAACAAUUGGCUAUCAGAUGUUUCUCGUGCACAGGAUCUGAGUCUUCAGAGCCUUGGUUCUCUCCAACCGCUCAAGCUGCCACUUUCUCGCAGCUACAAGGUCAAAGCAUUCCCGAACUUCUGAGCCCGCCAUUGUCUCCUCCUGGAGCUAGGGGUCCCCAGCGCAGCAUUGCCAAGACAUCGGCUCUGAAGCUUAUCACCUCGUUUGGUGAUAAAUCUGGGAAAUCCAAGUUCUUUGGCGUUGGAGAGGAUGAGCGUACUCCUGUCGGUGGUGGCGUGACACCAAUCGCAGAAUCAGCACUGUCACCAUCAGGCGGUGAUGCUGCUACUGCUUUCCUUAGACCAAGUCACCGCAGCGUCUACAACACUCCAGCAUCAGCACGAACUGCGACUCCUGGAGGUUUCUCAAGGCAAAGGCUUCCUUCAAUUGGCGAGGCACCAGGCGACGUGCUUCCACGAAGAAAGCUAGAGCCUGCUACACUGCCCACUCCUGUUGACUCUGGCUCAGACCGGGAAAAGAAUGAACGUCUUGCUAGAGCUCAUGAGCGAGCUCCCUCACAGCCUGAGGUGAUGCAGCUCAGUUCAGCGACGUACAACCCAACCGGCCGAGCCGCUACCGCAAGCCCGAUGAUGGAGAAGACCAAAGCGAAAAGACCCUCGAACCCACUUCCAUCCCCCUCCCCUGAAUCGUUCACGAAAAUGAAUCAAGCUGCUCGGACUCGGAAUGGAUCUCGUGACCGCAAGCCCGAUGGUCUGCAGAUUCAAUGGCCACCUAUGGAAUCCAUCAUCACAGGUGAUUAUAUGACUUCCCCAGAUGUCUCCGUUGCCUCAUCGAGACUUGGCCCUUCUUCUCGUUCUAUUGCCGGAUCCGCUGCUUCGCUCUCAACCGCAGGUAGAAGCCCUCUAGUUAGUGAGCGAAGCUACAAGAGCGUCGGAGCCGCAAGUCCUAUCGUCACUGGGAGAAGUUUGGACCAGUAUAUUAGCAGUCUGGAUUCCGCUCAGUACCAUGCCGAGAAGCAGCGGACUGAGAAACACCGGACUAGACACAGCAGCCGCGAGAGACAAGCUAGAGCCCGGAGCAGUAGCCGAAAGGCCAAAGCACGGGAGCCUUCCGAGGAUCGAGGACGCAGCGCUGCUCGCUACAUCAAGCCGGCCAAGCGCUCUCCAACAUCGCCAGUACCGAUGUCUCCUGAGGAUCUCAUAGAUCUUGGUGCCCAUAGAUAUAAGGACGCGCAUGAGGAACCGAGAAAAGUACGGGAGACCAGUCGCUCUAGGGUUAAGUCUUCAAGGACCUCAAGCCGGGUUCGGCAGGCCUCACCGGAGUCGGUCAGCCAUGUGCAGACCAGUACGAAGCCGACAAGCCGUAUGACCAGCCGCAACAAUAGCCGCCGAACCAGUCCUGCCGGACGUAUUAUGAUGAUUGAUACCAGAGCCAGAGGUAGAAGCCAAGCCCGUGAAGGCUCUACAAUACGCUCGCCAUCGUCCCCUCUGCCAAUGUCUCCGCAAGCCAAAUUCUACCGAGACGAGGAUGAUGCCGAAGAUCUAAAACGUGCGUACGAGGAUCAGAUGCGGUUCAGAUCUCGGCAUAGGAGCACAAGCCGGUUGAGAGAGCGUGCGCAAAGUGCCGCCCGUGAUGGCUCGCCUGAGAGGAAACGUCGUGACCGGUCAAGCAGCCGCCGUCCGAGCGAGAGAGACAACAGCAGGACGAGAAGGGAUCCUUCAGCACCAAGGCGGGAACGACGGGAACAGUCACAUGCCCGAUCCGUGUCGGGGAUGGAGGCUGGUGAUCUCAAUGCCGUUAAGGAUGCGCGGACCCUCAAGAAAGAGCAAGCAGCACGUGAGCUCGAGGAGAGACGCAAAUCGCUGGCUCGUAGACCAUCGGCUCCUCCCAUUGUUCACCCUGAGGAGAUUGCUUCGCUCUCGCCAGUUACAUAUCGACAAGCUUCGCCAGAUCUCACCAGGGCUUCUUUGAGGCAGGUUCAGAUGCAGCCUUCUCGCAGCCAGACGACAUCGCCGGCCAACAUCCAAACCUCCCCUGCUUACCUUAAGGAGAGCACCACGUCGUCUCCACAAGUUGGACUUCCUGCUACGCCAAGGGCUAUGAGACACCCCAAGUAUGAUCCCGAUGGAAAAGAUAUCCCAGACGUUCCUCAAAUCCCUGAGAAAUACGAUGCGCCCCAGGCACCCUCGUGGGGAAGUUUGAACGCUAUCUCGUACAACAAUGCCUUUGAGACUCUUGGGCCUCUCCCGAAAACAACCUAUUCUGCCGUACCUCGACGUAUUCCUCCGCGCUCUGCAUCUGCUCCAAUUCCUGAAGAACAAGAUUAUACUCUUCCUGCGGCAAUGCCAACCCAUCCAGCUUUUCAGUCAGCUCUACCACCUAGUAGCCGGAGGCGCACACAAGAGCCGAGCUAUAACAGGGGCCCAAUAGCAUCACCUCGAAAAGUCAACCCCGGAGAAUCCCAACCAGGCACUCUUGGAUAUGAGACGAGAAAUAACAAUCCAGUGUACUCGACAAAUGCCAUGGGCGGCAUCGACGAGACUAUCGAAGCGAGCUCCCAGCCAGUCAAUCCAUCGAACGACAGCCUCACCCCUCCACCCCCACCUCCCCCUCCUGCACCCCCGAUCCUCAAAGAACUUCAGCAUCUAGCCAUGCCUCCUCCACCUCCUCCUGCUCCCAUCGCUCCUCUAUACCGUUCAAAUGAUCCGACCCGCCCCAACGAUCCGAAUACCAAUUCAGUAGUCUCGGGCGUCUCGCAGGGUUCCGCCGUCAUUGAAAUUGUAAUGGACGAUGACGACAACAAGUCCAAAUCCCCCACAACCGAAGCUCUCACGCCCCCUCAACCCCUAUUCGCACAAGGCCAUUCUCGCAAGAGCUCUCAGGGUCACAAUCGCGGCCGUAGCGAAAACGACAAUAGCAUCUCAGGGCGCUUCAGCCGGGCCGCUGAGCGUCUGCGAAGUGCCAGUCGAGGACGAAACGGGAAUUUUGAGAGGACGAAGAGUCCUCCUAUCGAACACGUGGGGCACAGCCCCUACGAGAGCGUGCCACCACCGAACUGGGGCCCCACUAGGUCGACGCCAAAUCUGCCUGUAGGCAGCCCGCCCAUGUCAGUAGAGAGACAUCCGAGAGAGGUUAAGGCUGCCAUGCAAGAGAUGGAGGGUGGUAUGAUCUAA